CUAUAUGCGUCAUCGUCAGCGAUUUUGGAUGGUUGUGCUUCUACUACGUGGUCGAUAGUGCCGGGUUGCCGGCAUUUCACGAUAACUUCAAGUCUCAAAUGAGCCAAUCUCAUUUAUUAGAACGUAUGAAAUGAAAUAAGUUAAUAGCAGCCAAUUAUUUGCUAGAAAUUUAUACCAUUAACGGAAAAAUUAUAUAUCUCUAAAGCAAUUAAAUUUAAAAAUAAACUCUGCGCCUCAUUUCCGCUUCUGUUGUUUGUAUAGUGAGGUUUGGCAUAGGCAACACUGUAAAAUGUUUAUUACAGUCGACUUUGAAUGCGCCGGUUCGAGUCUAUAUUUAGUUUUUACAUGAAAUAGAUUUUUUAAAAUACACAGUUACGUAAUGAAAUUUAGUGAUUGGUAAGCCUCAAUUAAUUAAUUAUUGAGAAAGGUCAACAAUGGAUAUAUCCUCGAACUACUAUGAAGUAUUGGCGGAUUCUUAUGUAAACACAAUUCUCGAAUCGGGGCUACUUUUGGACGAAGACUUGCAAAUUCUAUUCAAUUACUAUAAACCUAAUAACCCACUCACCUUUCCUAAAUAUAAACCUUCUUGUGCUAUAAAAUUGAGCUUAACAACUUUAUUGGGCAACUUAUUAUUAAUAAAAAAAUUACAUAAAGCUUUUCUGCUACCUUCCCUAGUUGCAACUGGCAUAGCUACGUACUUUGAAAUAAAAAAAUAUAAGAGACGUGCCUUUCAACAAUUAUUAUUGCAAGAUAUGGUGGAUAACUUUAAAAAUAUCAAUAAUUUGAAUAAUUUCAUCAAAAAGUAUAUAAAAACAAGAAUUGAUGUUGAAAAUAAAAGUCAAAAUAAUCUAUUCAGUGGUUAUACUAAACAAAUCGAUAUAUUUUUGAAAAAUACCCUCUCGAAUGAAAAACUGUAUUUUGAUAAAAUGAUUAAAACCAUAGGAAUGAUUGUUAAUUUCUCAGAAAAUCUUGUGGAUGAUUUCAAUUUAUUCAAAUACUUUCAACCGUUAAGCGAUUUAAAUCGAUUCGAUAACCUACAAGAUGGAUUAGAUUUUUUGAAUAAAACCAAAGAUAUUCAUGUGUGGUUAACAUCAAAAUUAUUCAGUUACUUAAGUAUCAUGUUCCUCUGUCCAACUGAUCAACUCACUGAUGAAGUAUACGAAAGAAUCAUAGACAAACUAAAUUCCUUGUUGAAUUUCUUGAAACAGUAUUAUAAUAUAACAAAGAAAGAAUUUUAUACUUUAAGAAACAUCGAUGCGAAAAUCAAAGAACUCAAAUCAAUUAAACCAAAACGUCAUAUCUCUAAUAAACUACACAAAACAUUGUUAUCUGCUAUUGAUAAUAUUUCGGUUAUAUCUGAAAAAUAUCAUACUAUUAUUACCGAGAUAGAAACUACCGAUGACCCGCCUUCUGAAACGUUACAAACCGCUUUAAUCGAUUUAAGGAAUCACACAUUCGCUGCGUACGAAUCACUAGAUCUCUUGUGUAGAUUAUACGGUAUUCUAAUCACGCAAUCAACUUCCGAGAAUAACGAAACCCCAAAAGUAGAACAACACUCCCGAGAUUCUAUAAACGUGAAUUAUCACCACGAUGAUGUAACUUAUGUACCGGAAGAAAACUUCGAGCUUUAUUUGGAAAAAGAUUUUGAUAAUGCCGCUGAUGAACCGAGCUCAUAUCAAAAAGAUAAUAAUACUGAGACUUACUUAAGUUUGAUGUUACAAGAAUUAAAACAGUCUCUAGGUAAACACGAACGAUUCAUAGAAGCAAGAAAAAGAAGGGGUAGUAUAGAUGUGAAUGUGGUUGCCGAAAAAAUUGAAACUGUGAUUCCCAGUUUCAAUUUGAGCGCCUUAAAGUCUGUUAAAACAAUAGAUGUUGAUGAAUCAGAUCAAAUCAAUGAUGUAACGUUAAAGACAAAUUCUUCUGAAUUUCCUCCUCCUCCUCCUCCUCCUCCUCCUCCUCGAUUACCAAUUACUUCGUUUAAUGUACAAGAUUUAUCUAUGGAAACACUACAUCCUAAAUCGAUGUUUGAUGGUAUUAAAACAUUGUCAAGUCAAUUGAAGAUGAAGGAAGAAAUAUUUGAAGAAUCUAUAGAUGGAAACGAAAAAAAAGAAUGAGAUAAAUUCCAAGGUUUUUCUAUUGAUCAAUAAAUUAUUUUUCA